UUAGAGUUGUCAGCCCGGUUCAUGAUCUGUGGGUACGAUUAAUGGCGUCGGCAAAGAUCUUUUUUGUUAAUGCACAUGUGAUUUAAGUAACGACGUAAGAGGAUAUAAUUACGUCGUGUCCAUGGUAGUGUUUCGUUGUACGAUUUGUUUGUGAUUCUAUAGGCUUUGAGGUAUGUCAUUGUCUCCGACACGUUUGAUCCAUCACCAGAGAGCUCCAGUGUGAAUACCAGCCGCAGACAUUGGGCGCAUCGCGAGUAAACACGCCAAAAAUCGAGCGAAGUGUGCUGAUUCACACACUGAUAAAGUUUUCGGACUGAAUCAGCCAUCAACAAUGGCUACAGUCCAAGAGCCUCAGGGAGGUGCCAUCAGGACUGAGAUGCAGGAUCAAGAAAUGGAGAACCUAGAUCCUAGAGAAGCUGACAGAAUGGAGGAGAGUCGGGAUGAGAGAGACUCCAUUCAAGAAGAAAUGAUCACAGAUUCACAGAUUCGAGAUGACACUUCAAAAGAUGAUUCAGGCCUGGAAGAUGAUGAUUCUAGACCAGAGGCUACUUUUAGAUAUGAAGUUCCCCACAUUAGUAAACUAAAGGAAACAGUGUUAUCUCCUCCAUGCUACAUUCGUAACUUGCCUUGGAAAAUAAUGGUGAUGCCCCGAAAUACUUCACCCCAGCAAGAUAGGGCACCACAAAAAUUUCUUGGCUUUUUCCUCCAAUGUAAUGGAGAAUCAGAAUCCUCUUCUUGGUCAUGCAACGCAGUUGCAGACCUUCGCUUGCUGUCACAAAAAGAGGGUGUUGAGGAUUUCUCAAGAAAGAUACAACACUUGUUUUUUAGCAAAGAAAAUGAUUGGGGUUUCAGUCACUUCAUGAACUGGAAUGAAGUCUUGGAUCCAGAAAGAGGUUACUGUAAGGAUGACACAAUUACUCUUGAAGUUCAUGUAAAUGCUGAAGCCCCACAUGGUGUCAGUUGGGAUUCCAAGAAACAUACUGGUUUUGUUGGGCUGAAAAACCAAGGAGCAACCUGCUAUAUGAAUUCUUUGCUUCAGACACUCUUUUUUACCAAUCAGUUGCGGAAAGCGGUAUACAAAAUGCCUACAGAGAGCGAUGACACCCAACGAAGCGUCGCCUUGGCGUUGCAAAGAGUUUUUUACGAACUUCAGUUCAGCGACCGGCCUGUCGGAACGAAGAAACUGACGAAGAGUUUUGGUUGGGAAACACUUGAUUCCUUCAUGCAGCACGACGUCCAGGAAUUCUUAAGAGUCCUCUUGGAUAAGCUCGAGAGCAAAAUGAAGGGUACGUGUGUAGAAGGCACUGUUCCCCGACUAUUUGCGGGGAAAAUGGUUUCGUUCAUUAAAUGCAAACACGUGGAUUACACUUCGUCUCGAGCUGAAACGUUCUACGAUAUUCAGUUGAGUGUCAAGGGGAAGCGAAAUAUUUUGGAAUCAUUCAAAGACUAUGUAGCGACCGAGACAUUGGAUGGAGAUAACAAAUACGAUGCUGGUGAGCAUGGGCAUCAGGAGGCUGAGAAGGGUGUGAUCUUCGCCAGCUUCCCUCCCGUACUUCACCUUCACCUCAUGAGGUUUCAGUAUGACCCCGUCACAGACUGUUCAAUCAAAUUCAACGACAGAUUCGAAUUUUAUGAUAAGCUUGAUUUGAAUCCGUACCUGCAGGCGCCUGAGUCUUCGCCAGCCACAUAUACUCUCCAUGCUGUCCUGGUUCAUAGUGGAGAUAACCAUGGUGGGCAUUACGUCGUGUUCAUUAAUCCAAAGGGUGACGGAAGAUGGUGUAAAUUUGAUGAUGAUGUAGUUUCCCGCUGCACGAAGCAAGAGGCAAUCGAUUACAAUUUUGGUGGAGCUGAUGAAGAAGGUUCGCUCAACAUCAAGCAAUGCACUAACGCCUAUAUGCUGGUCUAUAUCAGAGACUCGACCCUACGAUCGGUUCUGCAGGACACAACCGAACGCGAUAUUCCUCGCGAGCUUGUAGCUCGACUCUCAGAAGAACGGAGGCUUGAGGCUUUGAAGCGGAAGGAGCGCAACGAAGCCCAUCUUUUUAUGACGGUCCAGUUAGUGACAGAAGAUAACUUCCAAGGUCAUCAAGGGUUCGAUUUGUAUGACCCAGAACAGGGUGUAUCGAUAAACUUGAGAAUUCGAAAACUAGCCACCUAUCAAGAGCUAACGGAGUUGAUUGCUUCUACCACUCGUUACAAUGUUGAUCAGUUCCGAAUCUGGCCUAUGGCAGGACGAACCAAUAACACAAUGCGACCUAAGGCCCUUGAUUGGGAAGCGGACCUUGGCAAAAGUGUAACCGAUGUGGCAGACAACUGCAAUCCUUGGACUUGUUUCUUGGAACUGUUACCACCUGAUUCGGGACUCUCAGCCUUGCCACCAUUCCAACAGGAUCGAAUGGUCUUGCUGUUUUUUAAAUACUACGAUCCAACAACACGCCAGAUUCACUAUGCUGGACAUCACUAUGCCUUGAUCAAGCGGCCUUUGGCUGAUCUAGUUCCCAUUUUACUCCAAAGAGCCGGCCUUCCCCCUCAUACUCAGCUGGAGCUGUACGAGGAGGUCAAACCAGGCAUGAUUGAUACUAUAGAACACAUUGACAAACCACUGGAAACUAUUUUGGAAGAAUUGAUGGAUGGGGAUAUUAUUUGCUACCAAAAAUAUGAUCCAGAAAUAAUGGGGUCGCAGCUAGGCACAGUGAAGAAAUACUUUUAUGACCUGCUUCAUCGGAUCGAAGUCACAUUCUGUGACAAAACGAACCCGUUGGAUGUGACAGGAUUCACUCUUAGCAUGUCGGAGGAUUUGGGUUACGAUCAAGUGGCCAGGCUAGUCGGUGACCGAAUCGGAUACCCUCCCAACAUGCUUCAGUUCUUCAAGAGCCAAGGUUACAGAGAGGGACCUGGACCUUCGAUUCGCUAUCAUUGGGAGACAUCGUUGAAAGAGAUGGUGACAUCAGCAAAAGUCAAACAACCAAAAAAGCUGUUUUAUUUGAGACUCACCAUGCCAAUCACUGAAUUAGAAAGCAAGAGGCAGUUUAAAUGCACUUGGGUGGAUUCUCGGUUGAAGGAUGAAAAAGAAUUGACAUUAUAUCCAGCAAAGACGGCAACGGUAGCCGAAUUGCUCGAAGAAGCGCGUAAGCAUAUGACUUUGUCAGAAAAUGGUUCCGGGAAACUUAGAUUGUUGGAGAUAGUGAGUUAUAAGAUACAAAGUAUUGUUUACGAAGAAAUCCGACUUGACAUGCUAAACACGAGUCCUCCACGGUGGUUUCGAGUUGAAGAAAUCCCGAAAGACGAGCUUGAAAUAGGCGAUGAUGAACUUCUGAUUCCAGUAGCCCAUUUUUCCAAAGAAAUCUAUUCUGGGUUUGGUAUACCCUUUCUCUUGAAAGUAAGGGAAGGGGAACCUUUUUCGCAAGUCAAAGAGAGAAUACAGAAGAGACUCGAGGUUCCCGAUAAGGAAUUCGAAAAAUAUAAGUUUGCUGUAGUGGUGAUGACACGUAUUCGCAAUCUAACGGAGACUCCUGAGUUAACCCUUAACCUGGAAGAUUUUAAACCUCCGCUUAAUCAACAGCCGUUAGUGCAAAUGCGACCUUGGUUAGGUAUUGACCAUGUCAACAAGGCACCUAAACGCACGCGCUACAGCUAUUACGAAAAGGCCAUCAAGAUAUACAACUAACUCAAGAAGGAAAUUAUGCUGUUUGAUUCCUAAAGGGAUGGUAUAUGUUAAUUUCAAUCGUUAAAACAGGAGGGCAGGAACUGAAGGAGAUGCGAUUAAAAGAAACUUCUCUGUAACAUGGUUCAGAUUGGAUUCCCAUUUGUAAAGUCAAUGAACCUCCAUCCCCAAUGUAACCCUCCACCAGCUCCUUUCAACUCGCUCAUCUUGAUUUGACGGCUUUUCCAACACUUCGUCUCGUUUUAUGUCUUUCCUUUGUUCUGAAGCCAUUAAAUUAUUUUUAAGUGAAAUGCUCCCCCACCCGUAUUUUCCAAUCUUCACUUAAUGAUUUUUAAUUUCUAUUUCCCUUUCGAAAUUCUACUUCGCUUCUUAAGGAUUCUUGUAGGGGAAAUCCUUUGAAGAAAGGCACAGACGGGGUCGAAAUUGUUGGAAAGGUGACAGGAUUCGUUUCUUUAUUAUCUUUUUUUUCCCGAAACUUCAAAAUGUUCUAUCCCUCCUACUACCGCGGCUUGUUCCGCGGAUGUCGAUAAUGUGCUAAUAAUUGAAGCUAGAGUGAGAAAAUUAAAAUUUGAAAACACA